AUGAAUAAAAUGAACAAAUCUCUGAUGAGCUCAAAUGCUGGCAAAGAUGAUGCUUGUAAAACGGAUUCUUCCACAAAAGAAACAGCUGGCAGUAAAAGAAAAGCGGCAGCUUCUGUUGAAUCUGGCAAAACUAAGAAGAGCUCAGAAAGUGGUUCUUCACAGUACUGCCACUGGCUAAUGAAGUCUGAGCCUGACAGCCGCUUUGAGAAUGGGAUCGAUGUGAAGUUCGGGAUCGAGGAUCUGAAGGCUUUGCCUAAUCAGACCGGCUGCUGGGACGGCGUCCGCAAUUAUCAGGCGCGCAACUUCAUGAGGCAGAUGAAAGAAGGGCAGUUGGCUUUCUUUUACCACAGCAACUGCAAGGAACCGGGGAUAGCAGGAGUCAUGAAAAUUGUGAAAGAGGCUUAUGUGGACCACACUCAGUUUGAUAAGAAAGAUGUCCAUUUUGAUGCCAACAGUAAACCAGACAACCCCAAGUGGAGCAUGGUAGAUGUCCAGUAUCAAAGAAUGACGAAGCGUUUUCUUCCUCUGUCUGAGCUGAAAAAGUAUCACCUGCAGCAUCGCGCCGAAGGAGGGCCUCUGAAGGACAUGGCUCUUUUUACAAGGGCCAGGCUCUCUGUGCAACCCCUAACCACUGAGGAGUUUGACUUUGUCCUGAGUCUGGAGGAUGAAGAGCCCUUGUGAGGAUAUCAUGAGGCAGCAACCUGCUUUACAGUACUGCCAUGUUUUGUUCAUAGAGAUUAUUAAAUGUGUUUUUGUCAAGUUAUGG